AUGUGCACCGCGGCGAGUCCCAUUGAUGUUGAAAACAUUGAUAUCCCCGUGAUUCAUCUAUUGGUUGAAAAUCUGAUGGAUGAUUUCGAUUCUCAUAAAUCAUUCCACUUUAUUGGCUCCAAUUAUCCUGAUGAAAUAUUCUUGGGAACUGAGUCUGAGCAGUUUCUCGAUGCAGCAGCCCAGAUAUUGGGGCAGCUCAGGCGUUCUCUACGGCGUGGUUCCAAUUCUAAUGGAAUUUUGGUGCUCUGCGAAUCUGAUAGACUAGGGCUUCCUCUCAAAAUUUUUACAGACUGUUUAAAUGAUUCACAAAAGUCUCCAUUCGUAGCGUUUUUUCCUAUUGUGACUAGUCCUUACUCCGUAGACCAUGCUGUAGCUUCCUCAUAUAUUCAAACGAUAUUUGGUGACUGUGACUUAGAUUCAGCUGCCCAUUGUUUGGUCAAUUCCUCAUCUUAUUACUCAGGUAUAAGCCCUUGGGGAUGCCACUUCGCCUUGGUUGAAGAAAGUGCCUUUCCCAAAUUCCUACUUCGCCUACAGCGUGCUCUUAACGGAAGGACCUUUAAAUGCGAUUGGCGCACACAAAAAUGGCUCGAUGGCCACACAACAUACGCUAGUACUUUGGGGUCAAAAUGCUUACUUUCCACAGAUGGGUUGCCAACGUCUCCACGCUUCUUCUACGAUCUUUCCCCCGAUUCACCCGCCCUCUCGUAUUCAAAUCAAAUUGCCGGUUUUAUGAGUAACUUACUAACCUUCAGAACUGCCAAGGAAGCCCUGAUACUAACUAAAAAUAUCGCCUCAAGGCGGUUCGCCAGCGUUGGAUGGGGAGACCUCUCGUGCGUUUUAAAUGUGUGGCUUAGCGAUGCCAGUCUUGCCUGGCAGAUUGGAAAAGCCUUGAUGCCCUCUGAAAAUUCGAAUGUGAAAUGUGUUUGUGUUAAUGCAAGCCUGGUCAGUGUCAUUGCGUCUGUAUACCUUCGUCGUUAUCCACAUGCCAAUUUUGUACCUCAUCUUCCUGAUUAU